CCAGCACUUAUAAUUUUCGAUGGUCCCACCCCCCAUGCGUUAGGGUAUAUUUGAGGGGAGAAGGGAAUAUAGGCGAAAAAAAAAUUAAAGUUAUCAAAAAUAAAUUCAAUAUCAAACGAUGAAUGCUAAAUUGAUAUAUCCAUACUCUGUUAAGUGGAAUUUUGGAAUAUUUGUGCGGAUUGAUUAUGGUGAUAGAUAUUUUGUUGUUUAGUAGGAAGUCGGCCACAUCCCUGUAUAUGGAGUGAGCUCGGGUUUAUAGGCCUUUGGUUGAUCACCGACCUGUAGUAUGGAUACUGAACGGUGAAAGAGAACCGCAGCGCGGCUUCACUAGGCAGCGGGGGCGGCUAGCUGCACUGCGAAAAAUAUAACAGCCAGGCGUUUGUUUUCACUUCGUGUUAGCUACCGGCUAUAUAUCUUCUAAAUGGUGGAAUAAAUUAGAAAAGAACGAAAUGUAUCAUCGACGACGAAGUGUUUAGUUUAUAAAAUAAUUGUCAUCGUAAGGUUACUUACCUUACCCAGAAAAAAUAAAACCGGCUAGCUAGCUAGCUGACAACCAACUCCUCUGCCUCAACUGCUGUCCACUGAUAGAGGGUAAAGCAGGAGCAGUCAGGAUGGAACGAACGGACAGCAUCCAGCUGGACAUCCCAGACUUUAGCAACUCUGUCCUGUCGCACCUCAACCAGUUACGCAUGCAGGGCCGCCUGUGCGACAUUGUGGUGAACGUGCAAGGCCAGAGUUUCCGGGCGCACAAGGUGGUCUUGGCUGCCAGUUCACCAUACUUCCGUGACCACAUGUCACUGAGUGAAAUGAGCAGCGUGUCGAUUGCCGUGAUCCGAAACCCUUCUGUCUUCGAGGAGCUGCUCUCUUUCUGUUAUACGGGCCGCCUUUGCCUGCAGCUGGCCGACAUCAUCAGCUACCUGACAGCAGCCAGCUUCCUGCAGAUGCAGCACAUCAUCGACCGCUGCACACAGAUCCUGGAAGGCAUACACUUCAAAAUCAGCCUUGCAGAUGUAGAGGCAGAGCUAGGGAACGCGGAACACACUCCCAGUGGGGCGCCCAGAGGUCUGGAGCAAGGGAGGGGGGCGGCAGGCGUGAUUUCAGGAAAUGGGGCAUCCAUCAGCCCACGGCAGGGCAGCUACAGGGCUCUCAACACACGCCGUGGAGGGGGAAGCAAGGACCUUCGGGAUGUGAGAGAGUUUCGUGAGGCCAGUCCUCCAGAUGAGUCCAUGAGUCCACAGAUAUUGGAGCACAGCACUUGUGGGGCCGGAGGUCUUGCUGGAACAGGAAGCAGUGGGGGAAAGGAGCACAUCCUGCGUAUUAACCGUGCCGGGCAGUGGUAUGUGGAGACUGGCAUGGAGGCUGACCAUGGGGGGGACGAGAACGUGCGGAUGGUGGAGGGGCUGCGGAUUAAGACGGAGCGACUGGAGGACUGGAUGGGUGCGGAGACUCAGGCAUCCGGAGAAGAGGGGAGCAGUGCAGAGGAGGUCCCCACCAUGGUGAUCAAUACCACAGGGCAUAGGAUGGCCUCCCAGGAGGGCUUUACUGCAGGGACAUCAGGGGCAAAGAGCUCCCAGCCAUCAAGCAGCAUCAGUGAGAGAGACAGGUUCAGCCCGACUGGUAGUGUGGUGCUGACAUUUGAGCGGCAGAGAGCCAAAAGUGAAUCUUCAGUAAGAGCAGAUGAGCAGAGGCAGCCCACUUCACAGGAUUCUGUAUACACACUAGACUUUGUUGUGUGUGAAAAUCCAAGGAGGGCGGCUGUUUCUGAAAUGCUAGAACCACCAUGCCCAUCACCAACAAUUGCAUCAGGUUCAAAAAUACUUUUGUUCUGAUGCUUAGCCAAACUGUAACCCUAUUGACCCUGACUGUCUGCUAUCUGCAUUCAGAUGCAGCCAUUUGAUUGGCUGUUGGGAGAAACAGGCUAUUUACAUUAAUAAGCACGUGCACCUAAUACAGUGGACACUAGGUGUAUAUACAAAUUCUUUGAGCUUAAUGAUUAUAAACCUCUACCUCCAAGUAUUUAUCAACAAUUAUAAUUGAUACUUUAUUGAUCCCCUGUAGGGAAAUUAUCUUUACGCCUCCCUCAACUUGCUCUUUGUGGAGUAAGUUGACCGCGAAGGGCUUCCACCCGUAGCGGCGCCCAGGGAGCUGGGGGUUAAGGGUCUUGCUCAAGGCAGUAAGAUGUACUUUGAUAUGAAAUAUUUAUAAUUGUUACUUUGUAAAAUUGUUACAUAUGUAAUGUAAUACAUUGUAUUUCAGGCCUGUGGUUAAAAAAUUCAGGGCAUAACUUAAAUGCUUCAAUAAAGUUUUAGACAAGACAUAUGCAGGACUUCAGAGGUAUUGCAGCUGUGCCCUGUAACAUAUUAACCUUUUUGUCAGUCACGAUUAGGGUUUGUAAGAUUCACCAAUUCUCAUCAGUGAUUGGGCAUAUCCUUGCCCGGAUUAAAACAGCGUGUAUCAGAUAUAAUUUGGGAUGAACUCGGGAUGCAUUGUUUCGAACGUCUUUGCAUUGGUACAAUCUGAUUUCUUUAUUAUUAUUAGAGGCACUGUAUCUUUGUUUAGAAAUGUGACCGAUAAUUUUAUGUUACUAUUAAUUCCAUAUUGUAUUGCAUAACAUCAUAUACUUUUGCAUCGUAUUGCGUCGCAUCAUGUUGAAUCAAAUUGUGUUAAACCGCACUGCAUCACAAUAAGGAUGAAUCAUAUCCUACUGCAUUAGUAGUUGCUUCAUAUGUAUUGCUAAUGUAUCGGAUUGUUCCCAAUGCAUUGAGUGAAUUUUAUCUGCCUCAGUAAUAGAGAUGCACGUGUGCAUGUUACAAAGAACUUAUCCAAGAUGCUGACCUGAACAUAUUACUCCUCUGACUGGGCAGAUGUUAAUGAUGCUAAAGUCUUGGUUCACCCAAAAUCAUAAUCAGAGGUGUCACAGGCAUAAUUUUUAUACAAGAAACUAGUGGAAAAGGGGUGUGUAAUAA